AUGUAUAAGGCAGCCCAUCCCGACUCAAAGGAUACCUUCAGCAUCUCCUGGUUUCCGUAUUAUCUGAAUCCCCAUGCUCCAGAGAUCGGCGUUGAUAAGACUGAGUAUCUCAAUGCUCGUUUUGGCGCCGACCGUGUGGCCAUGAUGCAGGCCCGCCUAGCUCAGGUUGGACAGGCGGAGGGUAUUAAUUUUAAACCCGGUGGACGAACAGGAAAUACCCGUGAAUCGCAUAGACUGAUCCAGCUGGGGAAAACCAAAGGAGAAGCAGUCCAGACACGGGUCGUCGAAGAGUUGUUUGCAUCGUAUUUUGAGAAUGAGGGAGACAUUACUUCUCGUGACACCCUUAUCGCUGCUGGAGUGAAAGCGGGCUUAGAUGAAAGUGAGGUUAAGGCCUGGCUGAAAAGUGACCAGGGCGGGCCAGAGGUUGAUAGAGAGGUUGAUGAAGCAAAAAGAGCUUACAUCUCGGGUGUUCCCAACUUCACUAUCCAGGGGAAAUACCAGAUCGGAGGAGCAGAGGAUCCAACCGUCUUUCUUGAGACGUUUGAGAAAGUGCGAGCAGAAGAGAUGUCGAGUUAA